GAUGGGUCAAAUUAUUUCGUGGAUCGUAGAUCGGUGUUGUUACGAAUAAGAACAAGAAUAUAAUUUCUCUUCUAUACGAUCUCCGCAGGUCCUUGCGAUGAUGAUGGCCUUCCAGCAGGUGAUGAUCCUGCUACUAGUGACACUGACCGGUGCCAAUGGUAAACCGUUAGAGAUCGAGCAUCCCCAUAGCUUCACCUCGUUCAAGCGGGGCGUCAUGUUGGGCGACGUUUCGUACAGCUAUGCCGCGACCGACAUCGGAUCACCGGCGAACGCACGCUACAAAACGGUGACGGUGAUCAAGAAUGUGUCCAUGCCCAAACCGACCAGCAGCAUGGUGUUCAGCGAUCGGGCCGAACAUUUCUACGAAGCGCUCGAGCAAGGGCUGGACGAUCAUCUCAAGAAGCGCACCCACCAGGUGGAGUACUGGCCACCGCGCGAUGACAAUCAUUUGCAUCAGAAGAAGCGGAAGGAGGAGAAGAAGGAAGAGCCGAAGGUACAGUUAGCGAAACAGUCGCAGCGCGGCGGUGGAACGACUGGAACCCGAAACCCCUACUAUCGUGGGCGGUUCCAGCAGGAUACGUUAAAGCUGACCACCACUACCACCAGCAGCACCACCACCACCACGAAACCGGCAGCCAUCAGAGAGGCGCCAGAAGAGGAGGAGGACGCGAAGCAUCCGAUCGACUUGCUCGAGUUGGCUAAAUCUGCCGCCCGCACACUGAACCAGAUGGCCAACGGUGCAUCGGGCAACGGGAAUACCGGUCCGGUGACCUUCCCCAUGGACAGUAACAAGACGGGAAAGAAGAAAGCGAACGGAGUCGUCAGUUUGGCCAAGGAGUACACCAGCAUAGUGACGGCCAUUCCGCAGCAACGUCAGACGAUCGUUAGUAAGCUGAAAACGAAAGUCGAUCCAUCUCCGCCACCGACAUCGAAGAUGACAUUCAAACAGUAUCCUGCCGCCCCGUCGUCCACGGUAUCCAGCAGCGAGGAGGCGGAGCAGCCGGACGAAAUCCCGCUGGUGGACUUUGAGCAAUCGGAAUACGUGUUCAACCACAAAACGGGACAGUUUGAGUUUCGGGCUGCAUCGAAAGCACCGAAGGAAGUGCAGGAGUAUCUGCGUGCCAGCGGACCGGGUUACGGUUACCGGGAGCGGCCAACGGCUAACGGCAAGGAGGACAACACCGAUGGCUACAGUACACCCACCGAGCUGCUGUUUGCGGAGCUACAGAAUGCGGUCUCGUCGCGCAACGUUACGAUGAUCAAAUCGCUGGCCAGCCAACUCGUUGAAACGAUCAACAUUGGCAAGAUCGAUUUUCAAUCACUGAAAACACAUCCCCGUGGUAAAAGCGGCAAGGACGAUCGUCGUUCGACGGAGCAACCGAUGAUGGUAAUGAUGAUGAUGGAUACGACGACCACCGGUGGACGAUCGUCGAUUAGUGAUUUCGGUUAUGGCGGUGAGACGACUACUAUGGAGUACCAGGACGAUGGUGCAGCGACUACUACCGAACCGAUGGCCAUGGUCGCCAUGACUACGAUCGCACCAACCACUGCCGGUACCAAGCGACCGUUGCGAUACAUCGCCCCUCGGCUGCGCGGAUUUAAGCGCUUUUCCUCGAAGAAGCUAAGCAACUGAACAGCUGAUCUUUGCUCACUUUCCACUCGGUCGAUCUCUCAUUCCGAUGGGCAUGGCGACGAUGGGCUUUUCUAUGCGUUUAGUGUGCCAGCAAACUUGCGAACGAGUACUAGAGUACGGUGGGAUAUUGGUUUAUUUAUUUUUCUUUUACACACGUGCUAGUGCCAGAGAGUCCUGCGGUCAUCCCUACUUACUAGGUUUGUCGGUAGGUCAACACACCGUUACAGGACGAGAUAGGAAGGCUAUCUUUUCGGAAUUGUACACCCCUGAAGCCGAAAUGCCGAAGCAAAUAAACUUAGAUAAUCUUUAGGACUGUUGAUUUUAUAAAAGAAAAAUCAGGUGUUUUGUAUGGAGAUAAAAAUUACGGGAGAUAAAAAAAUCCCUGUUGCCUUCUCCAAAGCAUCAUCAGUACCUGCGGCAUUUCGUACGCUCUGCCGAAUCUAUAUGCAAUUGAAAGAUGACACCUUACCUUUUCCGAUUCUUUUAAGAGUUCUUUAAACCACGUGCAACCACACGAAACGUGUGAUAUAAAUGUACUUCCCCACAGCUCAUUGAUACAUUGAUCAACGAUACGAAUCCUCCUAAUGGAUACUGCUUUAUCAUUCAUUUCACAUAUGUUUGAUAUCCUGCGAAAAGGUAUUUCCCAAACGCAUGGUUUGGAUUCAUGUUUUGUUUGCCUUUAACAUGUAAUAUAAUUUGUUUUGUGUUCUUCAAACACGGACUUGUUCAGCAAAAAGGUAUUCUUUUGAUAUGGAGUGUUAGUCCAGCAUUAAACAGGUAAAAAACGAGGCAUGGAAGCCGUAAAAUUGCCUGAAUAUGGUUUAACACAGUAUCAGGAAAACUGAAUUCAGUGGAACUGCCCGUUACCGGUUCCCGACCAAAAAAUAUUAUCGAUCCCGGAAAGCCGAAAGCUGAACAAAGAACGCAGUAAGCUACGUUCAGCCAUAUGAUAGAUGCUCAACUAGAAAAACUGUGUCCUUCAUGCAAACCUGUUUAAUGUAAAAUGAUGCCCCCAAGAGUUACAUCAUGAUACGCAAUGGCAUUAUUCCGCUCAGUCAGGACAUCCGUGGCCAGGAAUUGGAAAAGUCUCCAUCGCAUACCACAGGAAUUGGAAACGCCGCUCAUGUUCUGUGUCGUAGAUUUCUUUUCUUCCUGCGGUUGAGGGUCGCGGAAAGCGGGUUGUUCGAAUAUUGCGCCGUCCGACGCAGCCGCCCCGGGAACCUCCAAGCCGAUCAACCGAUGAUGGUUGUGCACCGCGCGGCUGGCAGAGACACGCACACACCAGCAGUCGGUUUGUUAGAAGA